AUGCAAGCUGAGCAGUACACCAGAAAUCAGAUCCCUGGCACAGCAAGACUCCUACCUCCCCCCUUCCCCACUUCCCCCUUUACCACCCCCAACGAACCUCUCCCCACCAGACCCCGCCUCUACAUCAUCAACUCCUCCCUCAACCCCUCCCCCACCCCCCUCACAUCUCCCUGCCCAAUCUCCACCCUCCGCCACGCCGCCCUCGGCUCCCCGCCUUCGAACAGGCCAUCCUCCGCCGCUGGCGCACCUCCAUCCUCCAACACAAGCGAUACCCCGGCCUCUCUGCCCGCACUCCUGCUCUCAUGACUGCGCGCUCUAAAUACUCCCUAAAAUACCUCUACACCCCUCAAUGGUGGAGGCUGGGGUCCCACUACCCCCCCCCUACCAACCAGUUUCCAUAUGGAAUCGGAUCAAGACUGAGCUGACGGAGCUCUGGCACCCUCUCAAGCACCCGGGGGGCGAUGUCUCGCCCCCCCCAGUGCCAGUUAAACUCCAUAGCAGAUGCACAAGGCGUAACGACUCGGGUGGUGCCCUCCGCAUGGCAAUGAUCGUCUUUCCUAGCCUCUCACGAUUUUCCCUGCUACACAUGCCGACGAGGAACCUUCCAAGGCUCGUAGGUUUCUCCGGUUUAUAAGCAAAACCAUAUGUCAGUUACGUGUAUCACUAUAGUAUAUGCACUGUUGUAUCUGGCAUCGCCGUAACCCAUAACUGGCUCUUGGCACACCUCACGCCCCUCUAUCAUGCAUAUGUAGCAUAUUUAGCAUAUGUAGUACCUGUACUCCGUACGUACAGCAAAAUUACAUAGUGCACAUCCCUGGCAGCAGGGGUGGAGAUGGUGAUUCUGCACGGAAUCAGAACUCGCCACGUCUAUCUGUGAUGCUGUACGUACGUACUGGGCAUACCGAGAUGUGUGAUGCUCUAAAUACUGAUAUUGAAGCUGGCACGGUACAACAGCCUGUACCCUAACAAGCUAGACUGACAGAUCACACAUGUUAAAAAGGG